UUUGUCACAAGGCUCAUAACAUAUAUAAAUUCACACCCUUCUUCCCUCGCACCUUCCAACAUAUCCCAAAUCACAUACAGAACUUAGCACUAAACUUCCCACAAAACACCACCAAUUUUCCUCUGUUUCUUUUCCCUCCCCAAAGCUAUUUUUGGAACAAAUCAAAGUAUCAAAGAUGAUGCGUGUCCGUGUGAAGUUACCAGGAUUUUGCAUGAAUCGAACUGUAGUCCAUGUUCGACCCCGCGGUUCGCCUUGUCAACCAUACAAGAAGACGCUUAGUUUGAUCAAAUCCGAUGACAACAAGUCUGAAUUUUCCAGCAAAAAUAGCAUUGAGAUGAACUACAACAGCGAUGAGUCUAGGCCAGAUUCUGACACUAGUAAUAGAGUCAUGGUUGUGGUUGAUCAGAGUCUUGAAGCCAAAGGUGCUCUUCAAUGGGCACUUACUCAUACUGUUCAAACCCAGGAUACCAUUAUUCUUCUUUAUGUAACCAAGCCCUCUCAACUAUGUGAAAACACUAAUCAGAGGGCCUAUGAACUUGUUAACUCCAUGAAAAGUAUGUGCCAAACAAAGAGACCAGGGGUCCAAGUGGAGAUAGCAGUACAAGAAGGGAAGGAAAAAGGUCAUGUAAUUGUUGAAGCAGCCAAGCAAAGAAAAGUCUCAUUACUGGUGUUGGGACAAAGAAAAAGAUCAAUAAUGUGGCACCUACGCAGGAUAUGGUCAGGGAAAAAGUCAAGAGGCAGAGUAGUAGAACACUGUAUUCAGAAUGCCAAGUGCAUGACAAUUGCUGUGAGAAGGAAGAGCAGAAAGUAUGGAGGAUAUCUCAUUACUACUAAACGUCACAAGGAUUUCUGGCUCUUAGCUUAAUCCAAUUGUUUUACUGUAUGUAAUUUGAUUCAAUGUUUGGAUUUAUGGUAGUAGUAAACAAAAUCUCUGUAGGUGGGACUGAGUGAAUCUCGUCAGUUUUCAUUCUGUUGUGCUGUGCACAAAGCAAGCAGCUGCUUUCUACAUCAGAAAAUGAAUUGUACAAAACAAAAAAAUGAGAGGAACUAAUUUUAGUUGGA